AGUAGGCCGUUCGAAUUCGCAGCUUCCGGGUUUGUUGUUUUGAAGCCAUCUCACGGCUCAUGCGCUUACCAAAAAUGGCGACCAGUUUCGCUUUCACUAAUGGGUAGAGCGAUAAAACUAAUGAUUACGAAGCCAUCGUUAAUUUAAGAAAUCGGAACUAUCCGUUUCUAUUUAAGUCUGUUAUUUAAGAAUUGUCGGAUCUACUUUUGGCCUAAUUCCUUUGUUUGUCUCGCAAGCGGCGCCUUAGUGAAAGUAGCUCUAUGAAUUCUUGUCUUUUAUAUCAAAUAACUCUUACAUAUCGCUUCCAGAUGCAAACCAGCUUAUGUCAGAUGUAAACUUUAAAGUAUUAAUUUUACACACAUUACCAUUAACUGGUAAUAAUUUGGCGUGUUAAUGAGAUAUGUGCGUGGGAAAACGAUCACCCCCCAAUAAUGCCAUUUUAUUAUAAUCUUGCUUAGUGAAAACGAGGCGCGGGAAAAUGUGUGCUGCGCAAGAAUCCAAUCAUUUGGCUAGAUUUAUGACUGUUUUUUUAUGUCACACCUAAAAAUAGAAUGUUUACGCUUUCUUCAUUGAUGAUCGUUUUCAUUAUUUUUUAAACUGAAAGUAUGAAUUAUUAGUUAGAUUUCAGGUUUUGUAACUUGGUAUACUUACCCUUUAUCAAAAUUAAAAGCAUAGCAUGCUGAUUGUGAACAAAUAUAGUCAUAAAACACAGAAAUAUAAAGUUACAAACAAUGCGAUGUCAGGAUGUGCCACACCCGGGCCACACCCCCUCAAGAAAACACGUGUUUAUUAAGCUGUUUAUGUCACUUUACACCAGUAAUUAAAAUUAAUUUUCAAAUUUUUAUCACUUAUUGGGUAAGAUUAAGCACAUGUAUACUGAAAAUUAAAAAAAAAACAAAAGCAAAUUCUGUUUUAAUGAAGGUCACGGGUCAAGUUUUUUUUCCUUCUGUCAAGUUCAUUGGAGGUUGCCACAGACUGACCUGACUUUGGAAUUUUUUUUCACUUGUGGGAUAGUGAAUGUAAACUAUUUUGAGACACUAAGUGAAAUGGGCAUUUCAACUUAUGUUAAAAGAUCAGCUGACAUUCAAGUAUUUUAUAAAUUUGUGAAGUUUAAAAUAUUCAACAGGAACUUCCAGCUAACACUUAGGCCAGACACUGAUGUUCUAGCUGAAGAGUUCAAGGCCUACAUAGUUGAUGCAGACGACAGAAAAAAAUCAUUGGCUGUCGAUCAAAUCUUGGUUUUCACAGGACAUUGUACAGAUAACCCAGCAGUCUAUGUUAGUGCUUAUAUGGAAGGUACAUUGUUAGCAUUGCAGAUUUUUGAAGAAAAUGAUACAUAUGUUAUUGAGCCUGCAGUUAAUCUUUUAAAAUCAUCUGAAAACCCACACAAUGAUACACUGAUAGCAUAUAGAAGUUCAGAUUUAGUAGAUAGUGUUGGCAGAUGUGGUGUUGAGAGUUCACAUACAAAAAGUCAGCACUUCUCAACAAACUAUGUGAAACAUCCUUCUUUCUUGAAAAAAAAUACCAAGGUAAAAAGAUCAUUGUCCGGAGACACCUGUCUUUUAUACCUGGUAGCAGACUUUGACUUUUAUUCCAAUCGUUGCAGGAAGCAGCACCUGGCAUGUUUAUCAUUGAUGGUAAGUCUGGUCCAGAACGUAGACAGAAUCUAUAGACAAUCAAAGUUUGUUGGUGGGGACUUCGAGGUCUUCACAGGCAUUGGGAUUCGCAUAUCUGUGAUUGUCCUCUACACGACCCCAACUAUCACAACAAACAUUCCAGUAACUCAUUUCAAUUCUUGGCAUGCUAGUUGGGACAUGCAUUCCAAGAUGGAAUCCUUUGCAUACCACAUGAGCUUUGUGAAUGUGGUGACUCCAGUUUGUUUGGGACAUUUACUGACCAGCUACCCAAUGCCUAAACACAUUCUUGGACUAGCCAAGCUGGAUGGCAUAUGCAGAAUGAGCUUUGCUGGAGUUAACGCCCCAAAUGUUGGAGUUUCUUCAGAUACUGACAUCCAGAAUGGGCCGAUACCUAGCCUACUGCUUAAUAUUGUCAUGGCUCAUGGUCACAAUUUUGGCAGCGACCAUGACCCCUUGACCAGUGAGUGUGCACCCUCAGAUCAAAAUGGGGGCAAGUACCUGAUGUGGGACAGAUCCCAGUCAGGGAGGUUUGUUAAUAACAAGUUCUUUUCACCUUGUUCACUGAGAAGUAUAGGCAGAACCUUAGAAUGGAUUCAUUGUUUAAAGGUGAGAAAAACCCUGCACAGUUUCUGUGGGAAUGGUUUAGUGGAGCCAGGGGAGGAGUGUGAUGCUGGCGCCUUGGGUCUUGUCCAUCUGGAUAUGUGCUGUAACAGUCACUGUCAGAUUGCUGCUCAAUUUGUCUGUAGUGACCAGAACACAGAGUGCUGCCUAGGUUGUGUGCUGGCCAAGAAUGGAACCGUGUGUUACAACACUGGAGAUGUGGAGUGUAAACAGAAAAGCUACUGCACUGGGGACAGCUUUGUAUGUCCACCACCAAGGGACUUGCCUAAUUGGACAAAAUGUAUUGAUGGGGGCCAGUGUUACAAUGGAGAGUGCAGAUCUUUAUGUGAGAUCAAAUCUAUCAAAGAGAAUAAGACACUGAAGCCUUGUUUGUGUGAAUCCUCUGAUGAAAAUGCCUGCAAGUGGUGCUGCUUUGAUUACAGUAACCCAGACCUGCCAGGUGCUUGUGUUCCAUAUGCUGAAGAGAUUUUAAAAGAUGGCCGACCUUGUUACUCCGGCUAUUGCCAGGAUGGGCUUUGUAAAAGAAACAUAACUUCAAUGAUAUACAGAAUUCAUACAUACUUAAAGUCAAUUCCCUCUAUUGGUACUGUAAAAUUCAUGAGGAGCAACAUUGUGCUGAUUGUUGUAGUAGUCUCAUCCAUAGUGUGGAUACCAAUAUCCAGAGCCACUUAUUACUCUGACUGUAGAGAUAGAGCUGUUAGGGAAAAUUUGUACUUUAGAAACAAGAAACAACAUAAGAAAGAAAUGGCAGUAGACGGAUUAAAAGAUUCUCUCAAAAUUUAUCCCAAAGCUGCACAAAUUGAGGAAACUUGCAGCAUGGAGAACUCGUCCAGCACCUUCUCCAACAUCCUGUCCAUGAUGAUCCCCUCCGACUACUCACCUGAAGGCUCCACCUUCUCUGCCAGACUCCGGGCACCUUUAUCCAGGUCCUUCAACAAAAAAACAGCCUCCAAGACAAUAACUGAGGGCUCACUUCUAGAGGAUACUCUCAUACUUUAACCUUUGUUCUAUAAUAUACUC